AUGAUAGUGGCUGGCUGUGGAGGUCCUGAAAGCAAAGAGAAACACCAAAAAAUGCCCCCAGAAGUGCCUCAUUGUCGCUCUCCUGUAACUCCUCAAGUUCGAUUCUCUUCCCCGGUGUCACCUAAGGCACCACUAGAUCAACCUUAUCAGCACAAGCACUGCAGAGGAUCUAAAAACAUGAACUUUAGCAGAAAGAAACUCAUCCCUUUCCUUGUUUUGAUCCUUUCAAUCAUUUCUGUACUCAGACUUCUUAGAAUUGCAUUAACAACUUCAUCUUCUUCCCCUCCAUUUCCUGCCUUGACUGCCUUGCCUCCUACUGCUCUUGGAGAUGCAUGUUCUCCUCUCUCCACAUGCUCCAAGUUUCCAUCAGAAAAAAAGGUGCCUGCCAAUGUCACCGGCCUCAGGGAAAAGGAAUACCACCUUCUGUCAAAUCUCAUUUCGCAGAAAGCUCCCUGCAACCUCCUCAUUUUCGGGAUUGAUCCUCAGUAUGUAUCUCUCUCAUCAAUCAAUGCAGGUGGCACCACCAUCUUUCUAGAGGACGAUCACAACAAGAUAAACACACUGAAGACUAAUUCCAACACCACCAGAGUCUACCAGGUGGACUACCAGAUACCUGCAAAAGAGGCUUACAAACUGCUCAAGCAUGCAAGGGAAAACCCAGAUUGUGCACCUAGCUCGAAACUCCAACUAUCCAAAUGUCAACUUGCAUUGAAAAACUUACCACAAGAAGUUUAUGAGCUUAAAUGGGAUGUGGUGGUGGUGGACGGACCAAGCAGCAGUACACCAGACGAACCAGGUAGGAUGGCAGCAAUCUAUACUGCUAGUAUGAUGGCAAGAAAUGGGAAAAUUACAGAUGUGGUAGUGCAUGAUGUAGAUCGAACGAUUGAGAAGUGGUUUUCCUGGGAGUUUCUGUGUGAUGAGAACUUAGUUUCUUCGAAAGGGAGAUUAUGGAACUUUAGGAUCACAGGCCAAUCAAACUCUACAAAUUUUUGCCCUGCCAAAACCAUUACGAUAGAGUAA